CGGCCGGCGGGGGCGGGGACUCCUCCCCCGGCAGCUGCGAGGAGGGGAUCCGGGCGGCGGCUGCCGUCGUCUGCUGCCUGCGAGGACGCCCAGCCGCGGGAUCGGGGCCCGGGGAGGGGCGCUCCCGGCCUCUCUUCCUGAUGAAAGACACAUUCCAAGGAUGGACUACAUAAGCGAGAACUACCCGGUCCCUUGUGGGCACGACAAGUACAUUUCGAAAAAUGAACUGCUGUUGCACUUGAAGACCUACAACCUCUACUACGAAGGCCAGAACUUGCAGCUCCGGCAUCGAGAGGAAGAAGGGGAGUUCAUUGUGGAGGGCUUGCUGAACAUCUCCUGGGGGCUGCGCAGGCCCAUCCGCUUGCAGAUGCAGGAUGACAACCAACGCAUCCGCCCGCCGCCUUCGUCCUCCUCCUGGCAUUCCGGCUGCAACCUGGGAGCACACGGGUCAGUCAUAAAGCCGUCAACCUUACCAGACAUUCAGGUCACAGAAGCCGAGCCCUCGAUGGAUGGGGACGGAAUUGAUGGGGGAAUUGAUGACAACGAUCUCAAAGCCCAGCAAGAAGAAGCGCCGCAGCUGAUGCGGACGCGGAGCGACGUGGGCAUGCGCCGCAGGGGGACUCUCCGCACCCCCAGUGAGCAGCGGAGGAUCAGGCGCCACCGCUUCUCCAUCAACGGGCAUUUCUACAACCACAAAACAUCGGUUUUCACACCCGCCUAUGGCUCCAUCACGAAUGUCCGCAUCAACAGCACCAUGACGACGCCUCAAGUUCUCAAGCUUCUGCUUAACAAAUUCAAGAUUGAGAACUCAGCAGAGGAAUUCGCCUUGUACAUUGUUCACACCAGUGGAGAAAAGCAGAAGUUAAAGGUGACAGAUUACCCACUGAUCGCUCGGAUUCUGCAGGGACCCUGUGAACAAGUUUCCAAGGUGUUCUUGAUGGAAAAGGACCAGGUGGAAGAAGUCACUUACGACGUUGCUCAAUAUAUCAAGUUUGAAAUGCCUGUCCUGAAAAGCUUCAUUCAGAAACUCAAAGAGGAAGAAGACCGUGAAGUCAAGAAACUAAAACACAAGUAUUCUGUCCUGCGUGUAAUGAUUGAGCAACGAUUAGAAGAGAUCUCCGAAGGCCCGGCCACAAUGUGAAGCUUUUGCCCUUGGCCGGACUUUGCUGCCACUGCCCAGGAGAGCCACGUCUUGGAGAAGAUUUGUUUGCUUGUGCUGCAAUGAGCAAAGGCGGCUCUUCCUUUCUGGAGCAGAACUUGAACACAGAACCCACCUUGACCAACUGUCUUUCCUUCCCUCCAAGCUUUCCUGGAGGUGAACUCAGUGGAGACUCUCUCUUCAGCGGCGGGAGACCUUUUGAGCACUGCUUGCUGGGGACAAACAAGGCAGACACCAACCAAAGCCUUUGCCUCUUGGCCAGCCUGGACCCAGUGGACCUUCUUGCCUCUCCAGCCGGGCGAUUCUGAGGUUCUGUUGCUGUUGGGGGCAUCCUCUUUGCAUGCCACCAAAACGCCGCUUUAACCUUCCAAGUCAGGGCCAGAGGAGGAAGUCGCCUCCCUUUUUUCUCUUUUGGUCAUUUCUGAGCUCUAAGUAAAAUAUUCAGAUUUUCUCUCCCCCCACUGGGAGGGCCUA